CCUGCUCGGUUUCAGCAGGUGCGAGGUUUCCCUCUACUGGCUUUACAGAGGCGUCACCGUUGCUCGUAGAUCGCUCUGCAUCCAACAAAGCCCACUGCUGAGAACGCGCAAACAUUUCGGGAAAAAAAACAGCGACACGUGGAAAUAAUAUCUGCACGAGAAAUACGUUGCACCAUCUACAGCAGCUGUUACUGCCUCGAGAGGCUUCCCUGAGGCAGCCUGCCUCUCCAGACACCGCGUCUCCAUAUCUGCCUCAUUAUUGCUGCAAGUGCAGUGUCGGAAAAGACCUUUAAAUAUUUUAAGCCAUUUGCCUUCGGCCAGUUUUUUGCCGAUGGACGGGCGAGAGAGCGGAGGGUGAGAGGAUCGAUGCAACGGGCACGUUUCCGACCAGGAACAGUCCGGAGAAACGGGACGAGUUUCCCGGGUACAUGUCUGAACACCCUGGGGGCGUGUCUCCACCGCAGCUGAGGAACUGAAAUAACCAGGCGGUGGCGAAUCAUCUACUUCCUUUGCCGCGCAGCGAAGGGCAGCGCAACCAUAGCUGGGGCCGAACAUUUCAGAAAGCAACAUCGUCAAGAAGCUUUCGGCGUGACCUUCGUCUCGACAGCUUGCAGACGUCCGGCUCAGAUAAUAUAACACAUUUCCAAACCAGCCGGCAGCCGCGAAGACCAUUGACCGUCCAGGGACUUGCUAGUGCUAAACUGGCCUGUUACACAUUUUAAGUACGAAUAAGCAGCCCAGAUGUUGAACGCUGGUCAUCGCCAGGUCUCAGUUUUAAUCGCAGAAUUUCGCUUCUCAUACUUGGUCGGUUCAUUUGAAAGAGUCGGCGUAGUGCUUCCUUUCUUUCUUUUAGCCGUUGGACAUAAUCCUCUGAAAGUCGAAACUGCAAUCAUCCGACUGUAGAUUGGUUUUGACAAAGGAACAAAGAGUAGGAGAACUUUGGGCGGUCUUAUGAAGAUAGUAUUGAAAGGACAGUAAACAACACAAAACAAAAAGUCAACAAAUAAAGGCAAAAAAGGCAUUAACUGUCCAGUAAUCAUGUCUGAGGCUGUACUAUGCUGUUUUACCACUGUAUCAAGGGGUUAAAGUUGUGUAAAAUAAUAAUAAUAAUAUUCCAAUAAUUCCUAUUGCAUUAUUACUGCAGUGUUAAAAUGUUCAAAAUCACAUUAUACAAAGUCAAAUUCAUGUUCACAUUUAUUCAAUUUGCUUAACUUUGUGUUAGUGGAUCAUAUGUGUUUUCAAGUAUUUAACCAUUUAUACGUCAGUGGUGUCUAUGUUUAUCUAAAAAUGUCCUUAAGUGGCUUUGAAGGUGAACUGAACAUUAUUCUCCAUUAUGUAAAUCCCAUACCAAAAAUUCUAGCUUUCUUUUACAUAAUUUGUACACGUUUUUCUGUACUUUAAAACCUUUUUUUUUCUUUUGAAUAUCUGAAUACUUCAUUGUUUGAACCAGAAUUUAAAAUACAGUUUUGUGUCUAAAUAUUUUCUAUGUGCUCAUCAUGCUGUUGUAACAAUGACCUGCUAGUGGGUUUGGGGCAGUUUGAGAGGUUGAGACAGCAUGUCGCGCUGUGCAUUUUGAUGGAAUUGAUAUUGUUAUUAUAUGGACAUAUAACAAUCUGUAAUUCUUAAUUUGUUGGAACAUGGCCAUCUUGCUGUCUUAAAUCGUCUUUCAGGAUUUAAGACACCAUCCAUCACACACACCAAAGCCCACUUUUUGUAAGCUAAAGGGGAAGUGAAACUAGUAUGACUUCCUGUUUUCCUCUCUGCCGUCAAAAAGAUGAAUACAAGAACGCUCCACUUGAUCAACAUUUUCACAGAUUCUCCUCUGAGGCAGAUCACUGACAGGACACACUCCAGGCGGUUCAGAGCCAGAAACACAUGUCUGCUUUUGGGUGAAAUAGAGAGAGUUGUCUGAAAGCUGCAGACUGGGUCAGCGGCUGAAGACUGAGGAGACAUGGAAGCUUUGGUCGGACUGUUCCUGAUGCUGCUCGGAGUCUCUCAUGGUAUGGAAACCUACUGUGAUGGCAGACAGAAUGGAACUCAGUGUUAUGGAGCUUUGGGAGGGACUGUGGUCCUCCGGCUGAUGGACAGUGCCCCAGAAAUAUUUAGAUACUGGAGGAAUCAAAACGUAAUAUUAAAUUGGAGCGAUAACAAGUUCAAGUCGAAUCUGAUAUCAAACAGAUCCUUCUUUACUCCCAGCAAUGGAACACUUAGGAUCAAUAACCUGAGCAGGAAUGACGGUAGUGAAUAUACCCUCGACAUAUAUGAUUCAGGGGGAAAACUUUUAGAUCGGCGGACUCUACAGUUGUCCAUUCAAGCUCCUGUGUCCUCUGUCCUGCUGGUCUCUGAGUGUCUGUCCCAGGGAGAGAUGAAGGUGUCCUGCUCCUCUGAGGGAGGAGACAGUCCUCAGUACAGCUGGACUCUGGAUGGACGCACACUGACAGACGCUGAGCUCCUCUCUGGAAAUCAUGAGACUAACAACAUCACUCUGAAACAAGACGUCUCAGGGCGCCUGGUCUGCUCAGUCAGGAACUCCGUCAGUAGUGUCUCCGAAGUAGAAAGCAUAUCUAGCUGUGGCUUCAUCUUCAUCAACUGCACCUUAUCCAAUGGGACACACAUAUCACAGUGGGUGUUAGCAGCCAGUAACACACUGUGUAUUGAGCCGACAACAGCCCCUACCACGAUCACAAAUCCUACUAAAAAAAAUUUACCACUAAUGGCUGGUGUACUCUCAGCACUGGUAUUUCUCGUAUUGCUCGGGGGUGCAGUCAUUUAUACUCAGGAGAAAAUGAAAAGGAACAAAGCUACAGAGGAAGCAGAUGAGCAGGAAUUAACCUAUGCAGAGGUCAGGAUCGUGCAGCGGCAGGGAUUGAAGGUGCAGCAGAGGGCAGAGGUGGAGGUGGAGUAUGGCCAAGUCAAGUAUUCAGAGCAACCUCGGCAGACUGUCGUACCAACAGGAGAUGAUUGUGUGUACGCCAAGGUCCAUAAAAGCAGUUGAUUUGAAGUGUUCAGUUUUUAAAUGAAAGCUGCAGCACUUAAGGCAGAUAGAGUGAGGAGGUGUUUGUCAAGAUGCGUACAGGACUUUCACUUUAAUUUAAUGUUAUUUCCUAAAAGAAAAAUACAUAUAUGAUUUUUUUACUUUAAAGUACUUCUGCUUUUUGACUGGGCAUCAAAUCAUUUAGUCUUAGGUGACUAUUUACACCAGUUUAUUAGCAUAUUUGCUUGUAAUUCAUUGUUAACACUGUAAACUUGCAAUAAUGAUAGCAAAAAUUUCUCUACAAUUUAUUUAGCUUUAUUACUCUACAGUGAUUGGCAGACAUGAACAGUAACCUAUGUUGUACUCUGAAUAAGUGUCAUCAGUACGUUUAUGUUGGUCAAUCAACUUUUAACUUAAUGUCACAGUGAAAAAGUUUGCAUUUACUUAAAUUUAAAAUGUAUUUAUUAAACAAAUGUGGAUGGAUUAGUUGAGGGUCAGAGUAUAUUAAAUAAACUCUGGUAUAGUGUGCAUUGCAAAAAUUGAUUUAUUAUAACAGUUUGGUGCUCUGUGUGUGUGUUUGGUAACCUUACCUGGCAUAGCAUUUUAAAUAGGCAUCAAUCCAAAUAAUCCACUAGCACUGUAUCUGUGAAGCUAACAUGCAAAGAGGAUGAGAUGGUUUCCAAGAGCCAGCACACCAGCCACAGACAGCGAUAGUCACGACUCUCCUGCUACUAUGGCAAACAUCGCACCAAUAGCAAAUCUUGGCAAACGAGAGAGUAAGCUGAAUGUCCGUGGGCAAGUAAUUUAUCGUUGCUUGCUAACUAACCAGUUGAGAUUGGCUAUCAGAAACAUUAGCAAACAGGACAAAUCUAUACCGACCUACUGGCUCUGGGAAACACGGCAAAACUUAUGUUUUACGCACCUG